AUGGUCUCUGGGAAAAUCAUCAAACUGAUUCUGUAUGAGCUCCUGGAGUUUGCCUGUCUCAGUGUGCCUGUGUUUGUCGUUAUGGAGCGGUUUGCUUCUCUCAUGCGCUGUCUGAAAUCUGACAACCACACCACUUACUGGUUGGUGGUAGCCGCCUCCAUUGCUUAUGUGACCACUGUGACCCUGUUCUUUUGGGUGCCUGUGAAAUAUCUCACGCUAAAAACAAACAGGUUCUCAGAGGUCAUCCAUUGGAGACCCGUGACACUGGCCUAUAUUAUUCUGAGCACGUUACCAUGUUUUGGCUUCAUCAUCGCAAGCUCGAAGGUCCAAGUUAACCAAGACGUGUGUUCUGACACGUUUACCGAGCUGCCCGUGUCGCUGGUGCUUUUCUGCCUCAUUUGUGUAGACAUCGUGGAAAGGAUUCGGCCCCUGCGGCUUACAGGACCAGCUGAUGGCCUUAGGAGCUAUGACGUCCCAGGCCCCACGCUCACUCACCUGGAGCAGGUGAGCACCGUGUCGGUGCAGGUGCAGUCUGGUGAUGGAGGGAAUGGCUCACCGGUGAGGAACGGGUCAGCGAGAUUCAGCAGCACGCACACCUCCAACGCCACCUAUUUUAACUCCUAUCAUUCUUACUCUGGUCCCUUUGCCUUCCUUUGGGUCUCUGAGCCUCGUCACCAGGCGUUUGUGGACGCCUUCCUCUUCUGGUUUGACAUGGUGGAAAUGGUGAGGGUAGCUGGCAUUACGGAGGUCUACUACUCAGGAUGGAUUUUCCCCAUCUACAUCCUGGCCUACCUGUCUGCCCUGCGUGUGAUAGUGACUCCCAACAGUGCCCUGUUGUCAACCUUAGGAGUCUUAUCUCAGGACUUGCCUUUCCUGGUGGUUCGCGUUUGCUUAAUCGUGGUGUUUGGCUACGUGACUCCAGUGCUGUACGUUCUGAAGAACCUGCUGGCGUGUUUGACCUUCGUGUAUUUCGUUUUCAUGACCAAACUGAGGUUCUUUAACAGAGGGAGUCUGUUCUAA